AUGGACCUGAAUCCCGCCGACGACGUCUUUCUCCAAGACGACGCAGGAUUGACCAUAGCCCAGCACGCACUGCGAUGCAACCAAGCAUUCCAGGCAUGUAUGGCCGCUCCGCAAAUCACAUACGAUCCGACCAUCAUGGAGGAUCAAAUGGCACGCUUCACUCUAUGGGCGGCCAACAUGGAUGUUUUUGGGCCGCCUAACGUCUCGUUUGACUACCGGCUUAGAUAUAGCCCCGUGGUAGUAGAGAUUCUACACCAGCUCUUGGACGUUAUUCUUAAUACCCUGGUGUUUUUCUCGCAGCUCUUCCUCUUGUCCAACGCAGUGCGGCGGUCCGCCAAGAUUGCACGGGCGGAUAAGAUAGCGGGAUAUAAAGCCGACGAAAAGACAAAUAACGCGAUCGAAGAGUUACGUCUCUACACAGCGUGCUACAUUCGUUUCCGAUUCCCUCACGCGCCAGAGGCCCUCUGCUCUGUGUUGGUGGAGGCGAAUGCGCUGAGACUUCGACGGCUGUGUUAUCAGAGGGCACAUCGCAAGCGUGUCGCUUUGAGCGCCCAGCGUCCACCGCCGGCGGCUGUGGUAAAAGUUCAGCUACCGAAGGCAGUGCCUCGCGUGCCGGCCGUGCAUUUUGCUUCCCGCACGCCACCGAAGCUAGGAGCCUUUCACGGAAAGCCGACACCGCCUUCUGUUCCCCCAGCACCUACAACCCAUGCGACAACGGCACAGCAGACCGCCGUCCGUGCAUUUUACAACGGAACCAAGACAGAGGCUCCUCGCGCCAAGUCUGUCGCAGUGAACAACAAGUGA